AUCUUAACGUACAGACCUUAUCUUUGUAACUGCGUUUUGACCUGAAAGGUGAGAUGACACUGUGAGCAUUCUCGCGAACGAGCAACUACCUUGGGUUUAAGCGGUAGUCUUCUCGUCACCCGAUGCACCAAGUUGAGAUGCUCGACUCUAGCACAACCGAGGACCCUAACCAUAUCCCCCACAUCCUGCCGCAUGAGCGAGUCUUUCCCAUACAGAUUGGCUGUGAGCUGUUCAAGCUCUCUGGCGCAUCGAUUUCAUCAGACGCCCCGUCAUACUUUUCUCAGUACUUCAAGUGCCAAAUAAAGCAGGCAGAGGAAAGGGGCGAAGACCCUUGUUCGGCCAUCCAGACCCUCUACAUUGACCGAGAUCCGGGCACCUUCAAAGACAUCUCGCUGCAUCUCCAGGGGUACCAUGUGCAACCGCGGGAUUCGACGCACUUUGUGCGCCUCUUUGCCGAUGCCCAGUUCUACAGCCUGCCCAAGCUAAUGUCCCAGCUAUACGAGGAGUCCUUCUACACCACCAUCGGGAACCGCCAAUUCCAGAUCCCGCGAGAGCUUUUCCAGGACCCGGGUAACUCGCCCAACUUCUUCUCCCUCGGUUUCGCCGCGUUCUUCGCCCGGCCCGAGGACCUUUUCCCGGGUCUCGACCGGGAAAACCUGCUGCGGCCGCCAUCCAUCGUCCCGCCGUCCGUGCCUGGCCGCAGCGCCGACAUCUUCGCCGAGCUGCUGCACCUCUUGCGCGGCUACCCCGUCGCCAUCCGCAGCGAGGCCCACCGAGCCGAGCUGCUUCGCGACUGCCGCUACUUCAAUUUCAAGGGCCUUGAGCAGCGGCUAAUCCCACACAGCAUCUCCUUCAACCUCGCGAGGCGCCGCGACGAGGUCGUAAUCCGCCUCAAGGACAUUCUCAAGAGCGGCAUCACCAUCGCCCGCGAACCCACCCCUGCCGACCCCCUUGCCGGAUGGGUCAACUAUGCCCGGCCGUAUGUCGACGACCGUGCCUACGAGUUGGUGCUGGAGAUUGGCGACGAGAGCACCCGGCUGUUGUUUUCCUCCGCCUCCGCCUCCGCCUCAAACGGCGUUACUGAAGUUGGUGAUAGCGUCGGCGGUGUGCGGGCCGAGUUCUUCGGCGAGGCGCGGAUACGCAUGACUAAGUUGUUUGAGGUCCUCGCCACGAAGCUGAACUUACCGCCUACCACCCAGCCGCUAGGGUUGUUGAUGGCCAAGGGUGGUGCGAGCAGCCAGCCGGCUACCCCGGGGAAUACGCCGCUGAGCGAGGACCUUGUCAAGGUAGUGCUGGAUCCGGAGGCGAGCGUCAACUUGGACGGGAAGCCGUGGAUGGUUCCUCCUGGGGUGGCAUCGCAUGAAGAGGGGCCGCCGACGGCCGGAGGCUGGGAGUCAUCGUCGCCUGGAGCCGGGGCAGUGCCGCAAUUUGGGUCGCUGUCGCUAUCGAGGAAGCGGAGGAGGGUGGAUACCCAGGGCGGAAUGAUGGAUGAGUGGAUUGUGCGCACAGGACAGUGGAGGCUGAGGAUUCAAGGGGCUAAAAAUGGGAAGGCGGCAGUGGAGUGUUGCUUGGUGGCUGUCAAGCUGGAAGCGUUUAGCUCGGAGCAGGCGAGGAACACGCAGAAGGCGUUUCUGGGCGGAUAGUCAUGGGCACGUUACUUCGUACAUACAAGUGCAAGGCUUGCUCUGCUGCCUGUGGACUGUGCACUUUGGCCGAUUCUCUUGAUUUUGAUGACGGGCUAGGGGGCUGUGUAUACAUAACGUUACCUGAAUAUCGUUGAUAAGCGAACACAUUGAGAAUGAUUGAAUGCACCUUCUUUC